GAGUCAAUAUGCAACACAUCUGCAAGUCUUUGUGGGAGGAGUUUUUGUGAUUGCACAAUUUGUUGUAAACAAAACAGUGAAAAAAGUUGUUUGUGCCUUUACAACGUGCCUACAAUUUUGAAACUAAACUAUCGAACUAAGAAGACUUGUUAAUUAAAAUGGUGCUCUCAUCCGAAGAAUUCCGAGUCGCUUUCCAUUCCCUACAAGGAAUAACAAUCGGAGAACGACGAAAGAAUUUGUUCCUCCUCCUACCCCAUCUCGGUACAGCUUUCGACUUUAAUACAAUUCAACCGAAAACGCCUCUCGAGGAAAGUUUCAAAGUGCAGCUACUGUUACACUUCAAGCGAGUGCCUCUGUUAAUCGAGGUACUCAAAAGUGAAAACCCGAUACUUAUUCAUCGAAUUUUGAGGGAACCGUGGUUUGCCGCGGUGAUUCUCGAUUAUGUCGGCGAGGAGGAGUUGGUGUGCAAGAUCUUUCCGCGCAUCUCCUUUAAUGCAAAGGUUAAGUUGAUCAACAAGAUCGCGUUUCGUGUGGAAAACUGCGAGAAGGGCGAUCGAUUGUUUUACGCCGUUCAAAGGCGUUAUGGCAAUUACAUGGCGGGCAAGUUGCUACCAUGUUGUAGCGCGGACUUAAUUAUGCGCUGCCUUAAAACGUGGAAGGUGGAGUUGGGCUCGAGACAGUUUAUACUCAUUGUUAAAAGACAUCCGGAGCUCUUAGAGCAAAUGUUAGAGGCUGCUGGAUAUUUUUCGACUAAUCCCUGCGAGUAUCGUCGAAGAGAACUAACUUACGCACUACGCACAGAUUUAGCUGGAUUUCUCAGGCUGCUUGCGAAGUACCAGUUUAUUGUUCGAGUGGGUUGGAGAUCUACGAAUCGACUCAUCCUGGCGAAUAAAGCACGAGUCAUUAACCACGCGAGCGUAUUGUACUCUUACUUGCAUCGCAAGCAAAUGGUGAAGAGUUUAGGGGGAGACUUCAAUGAAUUCUACCUGAAGUUACUUCCCACAUCCAUCGACAAAAUGAAGUGUAAGCUAAACGACUACAUCGACAUAGUGAGUCGUGUACCGGCUGGGAAGUUAAGUUUGCUGCUGACUUCGUUUCGAAAGGCCUACGGAAGCGAACUGUGGCAGCAUUCCGAGUGUAUCAAUUUGAAACUGUUGGAGAUGAUGACGUCGGAUGAAAGGGAACUUUGGAUGAAUUCCAAACCAAGACCGGGGCAUAUAUCCGAAGACGCUUGGAAUUGUCUGUUCAAAACUGAGAAGUCGCUUCCUUUAAUCAAGAAUAAAAUCUCCCAAGCUAACGACGUUAAGGAAAUGGGGGAACUUGUGGGCUGUCUCGUGGAAACUUGUCGGAUUAAUAAGGACGACCGUGCUCUGUUAGAUGUUUGCAAGUAUAUGGUGGCCCAACAUCGAAGUGCCAGCCCUAGUGUGUUGUACUCGUUUUUGUGCACGCUGAAACGGUGUUACAAACCUGUUGAUUUUAACGUAAACGUUUGGAAGGCUGUGAAUGAGCUGGUGCGUGUGUUUAUGAAGAAAAAGUCGAUGCCUUAUUAUUAUCAAGACUGGGUUUAUGCGUAUUUGGAGUAUCUUAUUGUUAAUGAUUUAGAUGCCAAGGCUUACAUCGUGGAAAUGUCGGAGAAAAUUCAUUUGUCCACCACAUUGUACACGUGCAUGGAGAAGGAAGAGACGAAGAAGAUUUGCCUGGAGAAAUAUGGCCAAUUAAUUACAGACCUGUACGAUGCCGGGGAUGUCAAUGCAAAACUCGGGAAAGAGAUUCAGUAUUUUGAAACGCUUCUUGAUUGGAAUAGGCAACAUCCUCGUAGUCAAAUACCGGUGCCUUACAAGACUUUGAUUAAAAUGUUGGGGGAUUUAGAUGAAAGUCAGAGGUAUUGGGGUAAUCUAACUUUAGGGAAACUGUUACGUUUAAACCUCGAAGACGCUGAGCUGGAAUCGUGCAUGAAUGUUUUGCAAAUGUACAAUGGUUACAUAGAUCUAGAUGUUUUCGUGCACCUAGCAAAGCGGAAGCCUUUGACUGUAUUUAAUAGUCUCGAUUCUAUUACAAAGUGUAUAGUAACGAUGUGGUACACUUGCGUUAAACCAUUCUUCUGGAUGUACUUGAGGAACUAUACACAUUUAGAAAUUCCACAGAAAAUCAUCGCCAUAUGUGUAGCGGGUCUAGCGACUGAAAAUGACGGCAUUUCCUAUAAAAGAAACUGCGCAACCGCGCUGGCGUGCCUGAUGUCUCCGCCCACCUUUUUGAAUUUUAUCAAACCGCACUACCCCCUAGACUCGAGGAUGGAGGUAGACGAUGAAAAUCAAGAAACGUACCUACUGCAGCAAGCAAUAACCGCCAGCCUCAAGCACGUUAUUCCCCCAUCUUCGAUGCUCGACAGCGUCUACAACUUCAGCAAAGGCGACUAUCUCAAGUUCAUUCAAAGAGCCUUACACUCAGUCUCGCACGGCGCAAACGAGGACAGCCUCCCGCGUCUGUACGACGCGCUCGUCGACCGCCCCGUUUCCGUACGUAAAAACGUCAUCUACCUCACCUACAAAGUUCUGGACCGCGACACAAUCUCCGCCAUGCUCGAGCAAUUCAAGACCACCGAAACGAACUCGUCAAUAAACAAAUUCAUAGUGAAAGCCUCCUUUCGUUACUUCUUAAAAAAUCCCUCGGACUCCUCGUGGGACUUGGUCCAAUCGAAUCUAAAACGCGUCGACGCGAACGACGAAGAGGUCGUUGACAUUUUAGUACAGACGUCGAAGGUUCCCCCUUCGUUUUUGGUAACGUACCUCACUUCUGCGAUCGACUAUUUAGAGAACGUCGCUAUCAAAUCGAAAAAGACAGAUCUGGGUAAAAUCAACUUGCUCACCUCCAUCAAACCGUCGAGCAUGACAGUGCUACCCGAUGAGCUCUUCUGGCCGAUUAUCCAAAAAUAUUUGUUCCAAAACAAGGAGCUAUCCGUGGCAGUUCAGAAGUUCGCUUCGCGAUUCGUCGCCUACACCGAGGAGGGGGCGACUCGAGUUGAUCAGUUGUUUAGUUUGAUCAAGGAGUACAUUGCAAGUACAUGGGAGAGUAAGGGACGUAAGUGCGUCAACGAUUUUGUCACGCAGUUCUCUCAGUUAUUUAUCGACGAGAAAAUGGUACCGAGGCAUGCUCUGAGAAAAUUCGCCGAUCUUUGGGGUGGACUACUGAAGCCCUACCAGGCUUUCGCUGAGUGGCUGCAAUUACAAUUCACAAUAAUUUACGUCGAUUAUGUCGACUUGGAUUGGACCUGCGAGCAGAUAGCGGCGGCCAUUUGUAAACUAUGCAAAGGCUUGGAGUACGAUUCGGCACUUAUUACAAAGUUUGGAAUUGCAUUAGAUUUAUUUCUACCUCACUUCUCGACAGCUGACCGGUCUAUGUCCGAGCUAAACCGUUUGAAGACAAUUACAGGUGUUAUCGAAAAUGAGACGGUACCCUGUCUGCUGGUGGGCAUUUCCUUGUUACCGUUUGAACUGCACAAACCCCAUUUGACCAAAUUGCUGUAUGAGCAAAUUAUUAGACGGCUUCAAUACGUCGACAACCAAACUGUACAGUUCGCACUCUCGCUGUACUUUCACAAACUGGCCACUACACAUCAGUUCGCAAGACGCAAGAAAGAUGGCGACACUGAUUAUUAUAAUAAUCGCUUUGGUUACAUUGCCGAUUUGUCUAAUAAGUACAGGCAAGCAGUGGAUUACUAAGGUACUUUACACUGAGCACGUGAGUUCUAUUUUUUAAUAAUUCUAAUUUUAAGUUAAGGAGUGUUGAAUAAAAAUUCUUGCUACAUUUU